AUGCCGGGAAAAGGUUACUUUCUACUGUAUUUGUGGUGCUUGAUGAAUGUCAUUGUUAGUUGUGGAGGCUUCAAGGCUCAGAGGUGCCCGGUGCCAUGUCACUGUGACUUUAAGUCCUUGUCACAGGGAAUUGUCAACUGCUCUUACAGCCCAAUCCGUGCCCUGCCCCUGGAUAUACCUAUACCACUUAAUACAACUGUAUUGGAUCUACGCUACACCAGUCUGUCUGAGAUCCCACCGAACGCAUUUAGCCAACUGGAGGGUCUGAAAGCACUGUAUGUCGGAGGGAACAGCAUAAAACACUUCCACAAGGAUAGUUUUGCGGGUUUAUGGAAUUUGGAACUCUUAGAUUUGUCUCCACUGCACUGGGACAUGAACUUCGAUUAUGAAGCAUUCCCCACGAACUUGUUUCGUGAUUUAAUCUCGUUAGAAGUUCUGAUGUUCGGAAGAAUGAGCAGCAGUGCACAUAUUCAACAAGGCUAUUUAGACCAAACCUUAGCUCCCUUACACCAAUUGCAACAAGUGACCUUUCCAAGUCUACCAGAUGGAGAUACACCAUUUGGUCGCGGAUACAACAAUCUUACUUCACUGAAAACAGUGGUGUUUCAUGGAGUUGGAUCAGUAACGAACAUAAGAAAGCACACUUUUGCCAUUUUGAAAAACUGUCCUAUCGAACGAUUAGCAUUUUUAGUUGUGGACUGGACACCGUAG